AUGGAUAUUGGAGAGAAGACCUAUAAUUGUUAUGAUUAUGGUAAAGUUUUUAAGCAAUCUUCAAAACUUAUUCAACAGCAGAUAAUUCAGAGUAAGCGGAAACAUCACAAGUGUAAUACAUGUGGAAAAGUCUUUAGUAACUCACCAAAUCGAAGUAGAGAUAGGAAAGUUCAUACAGGAAGGAAACAAUUCAAAUGUACAGCAUGUGGCCAAACCUUUAAUCAGAGUUCAUAUUUAACUGAGCAUCUGGGAAUCCAUGCUGGGGAGAAACCAUACAAAUGUACAGAAUGUGGCAAAGCUUUUAAGGAGAUUUCAACUUUAACUCAACAUCAGCGAAUCCAUACUGGGGAGAGACCUUAUAAAUGUACAGCAUGUGGCAAGGCUUUUAAGCAAAGUUCAGCUUUAACUGAACAUCAGCGAAUCCAUACUGGGGAGAGACCUUAUAAAUGUGCAUCAUGUGGUAAGGCUUUUAAGCAAAGUUCAGCUUUAACUAAACAUCAGCGAAUCCAUACUGGGGAGAGACCUUAUAAAUGUACAGCAUGUGGCAAGGCUUUUAAGGGGAGUUCAACUUUAACUCAACAUCAGAGAAUCCAUACUGGGGAGAGACUAUAUAAAUGUACAGCAUGUGGCAAGGCUUUUAAGCGGAGUUCAACUUUAACUCAACAUCAGCGAAUCCAUACUGGGGAGAGACCUUAUAAAUGUACAGCAUGUGGCAAGGCUUUUAAGCGGAGUUCAGCUUUAACUGAACAUCACCGAAUCCAUACCGGGGAGAGACCUUAUAAAUGUACAGAAUGUGGCAAAGCCUUUCUCCUUUAUUCACUUCUUACUCGACAUCAACGAAUCCAUACUGGGGAGAGACCUUAUAAAUGUACAGCAUGUGGCAAAGCCUUUCUCCUUUAUUCACUUCUUACUCGACAUCAACGAAUCCAUACUGGGGAGAGACCUUAUAAAUGUACAGCAUGUGGCAAAGCUUUUAACCGUUAUUAUUUUCUUACUCGACAUCAGCGAAUACAUACUGGGGAGAGACCUUAUGAAUGUACAGCAUGCGGCAAGGCUUUUAAGCAGAGUUCAGAUUUAACUCAACAUCAGCGAAUCCAUACGGGAGAAAGACCUUAUAAAUGUACAGAAUGUGGCAAAGCCUUUAUCCGUUAUUCUUUUCUCACUCGACAUCAACGAAUCCAUACUGGGGAGAGACCUUAUAAAUGUACAGCAUGUGGCAAGGCUUUUAAGGAGAUUUCAACUUUAACUGAACAUCAGCGAAUCCAUACUGGGGAGAGGCCUUAUAAAUGUACAGCAUGUGGCAAGGCUUUUAAGCAAAGUUCAACUUUAACUAAACAUCAGCGAAUCCAUACUAGGGAGAGACCUUCUAAAUGUACAGACUGUGGCAAAGCCUUUAUCAAUUAUUCACUUCUUACUCAACAUCAGCGAAUCCAUACUGGGGAGAGACCUUAUAAAUGUACAGCAUGUGGCAAAGCCUUUUCCCAGAGUUCAGGUCUUUCUCGACAUCAACGAGUCCAUACUGGGGAGAGACCUUAUAAAUGUACAGCAUGUGGCAAGGCUUUUAAGCAGAGUUCAACUUUGACUCAACAUCAACGAAUCCAUACUGGGGAGAGACCGUAUAAAUGUACAACAUGUGGCAAGGCUUUUAAGGACAUUUCAACUUUAACUCAACAUCAGCGAAUCCAUACUGGGGAGAGACCUUAUAAAUGUAAAGCAUGUGGCAAGGGUUUUAAGCAGCGUUCAGGUUUAACUGAACAUUACCAAAUCCAUACUGGGGACAGACCUUAUAAAUGUACAGAAUGUGGCAAAGCCUUUAUCAGUUGUUCACUUCUUAUGCGACAUCAACGAAUCCAUACUGGGGAGAGACCUUAUAAAUGUACUGAAUGUGGCAAAGCCUUUAUGAAUUAUUCACAUCUUACUCGACAUGAACGAAUCCAUACUGGGAAGAGACCUUAUAAAUGUACAGCAUGUGGCAAGGCUUUUAAGGAGAUUUCAACUUUAACUCAACAUCAGCGAAUCCAUACUGGGGAGAGACCUUAUAAAUGUACAGCAUGUGGCAAGACUUUUAAGCAGCGUUCAGGUUUAACUGAACAUCACCAAAUCCAUAGUGGGGAGAGACCAUAUAAAUGUACAGCAUGUGGCAAAGCCUUUAUCAAUUGUUCACUUCUUACGCGACAUCAGCGAAUCCAUACUGGGGAGAGACCUUAUAAAUGUACAGAAUGUGGCAAAGCCUUUAUGUAUUAUUCACAUCUUAAUCGACAUGAACGAAUCCAUACUGGGAAGAGACCUUAUAAAUGUACAGCAUGUGGCAACGCUUUUAAGGAGAUUUCAACCUUAACUCAACAUCAGCGAAUCCAUACUGGGGAGAGACCUUAUAAAUGUAAAGCAUGUGGCAAGGCUUUUAAGCAGCGUUCAGCUUUAACUGAACAUCACCGAAUCCAUACUGGGGAGUGACCUUAUAAAUCUACAGCAUGUGGCAAAGCCUUUAUCAAUUGUUCACUUCUUACGCGACAUCAGCGAAUCCAUACUGGGGAGAGACCUUAUAAAUGUACAGCAUGUGGCAAGGCUUUUAAGCAGAGUUCCAAUUUAAGUCAACAUCAGCGAAUCCAUAUCGGGGAAAGACCUUAUAAAUGUACAGACUCUGGCAAAUCCUUUUCCCAGAGUUCAGGUCUUUCUCUACAUCAGAGAGAUCAUACUGCAGAGAAAUGUUAGAAAUGUAAGGAGUGUGGCAAAGCAUUUCAUCACAGUCAUCACCUCACUCACAAUCAAAGAAUACAUAGUGCAGAGAAACCCUAGAAAUGAAUCAGUGAUAAAAAAAAAAGUUGGUCCCAAAUAUACAAUUUUGAAAAAACGAGUGUUUUCUUUGGAAAGAUACAUGAGUGAAAUUAAAAAAAUGUAAAAAACUGCUUAAUCAAACAUCAAAAGUAACUCAAUACCAGAAAAUUCAUCCUAGAAAGCAUGUCAUUAGUACCACUUUUCUUGAAUUAGUCUCAGCAGAAACACUGUAGCAAGUAUUCCAUAAGUAAAACACAUACAAAUAUGAUAUGUUAGUAUGGAUCACAAGAUGAAGGGGUGGACAUUUGCAGAGGUAUAAUUAUUAUUAAUGUAUCCUUGUCUAUGUUAAGUUAUUUCAGAUUAUUAAGGACCCAAAACGAAUGUAAUUCAACUCUCAAAUUACUACAUGCUGUGAUUUGUUUCUACUCUAUAUAUGAACUUCUGUUUGUGAUGGUUGUUGCCCAAU